CGUGGCUUCAGUCGUCCAGAAAUUUGCCACGUGUAUUUUCCUUAAAAUGGUCCAGUUUUCGAAUUUGUCAUCUUCUUUUCUCUUCUUUCUGAUUCCUCACCAUCCGUUUUCUCUAAUUUUCUCAGAACAAACGGAGCAGAAGAAACCCUCUUAGUUCGAUGGAUGAACUAGUGGAUGAUGUAGAUGGAAGAUUAGAAGCUUCUACCGGGGAUGAAUCAGAUAUGCAUGAGUAUGACUCAAUUCAGGAACCAUACGUGGGCAUGAUAUUUGAAUCAGAAGAAGCUGCCAAAAUAUUUUAUGAAAAUUAUGCAAGACAGAGAGGAUUCUUCACACGUGUUCUAUCUUCACAUAAGUCAGAGCUUGAUGGGUUACUCAUCUCUCGUGGACUUGGAUGUAGGGGUUACUUUGAUAAUCAGUCAGAAGUUCACCUUCAGAAGCAGGAAAAGCAACGCGAAAGCUGCUCAGCAAUGAUUCAUUUGAGGAGAGAUAAGACUGGGAGAUGGGUAAUUAAGAAAUUUGUGAGGGACCAUAAUCAUCCAUUGGUGAUUCGGUUGGAAGAAAGUUGCAGAAGACUUGAUGAAGAGAAGGAUAAGAAAAUUCAAGAAUUAACUGCAGAAUUGCGGGUUAAGAAGCGGUUAAGUGCAUCAUACCGUGAACAGCUAGUAGCAUUUAUGAAAGAAGUUGAAGACCACAACUAUCACAUAUCAAUGAAAGUUCAAGCAACUUUGGACAAUUUGAAAACGCUUGAUGCUAAAGUACAUGAGCUUUUACACGGCAGAUAGCUUCCGCAUAGCUUCCGCAUGCAGAGUAUACCAUAUCUUCUCUUUCCGUAUUGCCUGAUUGUGCCUCUUUGUUCAUGAAAUCUCUUCUUUACUGGAAAUGAUUAGUUUGUGGUUGAAAAGCUAGGGGUAUUAGAGAAAAUCUAGAUGCUUUACUGCAGAAAAGGGAGGUAAUGGAAUUGAUGAAUUCUUGAUCUUUCCCACAAUACUGAGAUCAUUAGAGUACAUGAUAUCGACCUUUUCCUUGUAAUUUUGUUAGUGGUAACCAGAUUGAUUUGGCCUCUAGUUAAGGAAACUUGUUUAUUGUCUUCUUUGUA